GGCUCGCUUCAGCACUCACUUUGAACUGAACAUAUGUGUGGAUAUACAAGCAUGUCUCUGUCCAUCACCGUCAAGGCGUCUCCUACCCAAUUCCACCCAUCGCUCACACAUCGCUUCGUAUUCUCAUCCCAAAAACGCAUUCCCCUCUCCCCUCUCCCCCCGUCUGAGUCACGUGUAGUCUCUCCCAGAAAUGGCAGCCGACGAGAUGGGCGUCUGCUCGUUCGUCCAUCUGCCAGAGGAAAGAGCCGGGCCACCUCGAUAGGCGACAUACGACCACUGGGAGAGUAGGGCCAGAGGGAUGUAGAGGGCUGCCAGAGGGACAUAUGGCUGUGCGGGGUCGGAUGUGACGAACAGGAUGAUGGAGGAUAGGAGGGGCCCGAACAAGAGUCCGCUGUUGAAGGCCAGCUCCAGCUGAAUACAAACAAAGAACAUGACAGACAGACAGACAGACAGACAUGAGGGAAGCAUCUGUGUGUUUGUCUCUCAGAUAUACGUACCACUGCGAACAGCCUGCCAUGAUCAGCAAUUCCAUGGUCGUCCAUAAACUUCGCUGCAACAGCCCCACCAUGCACAUUGGGCACAACAAUUCCCACGCGUCACUCUCCUUCACUCCCUCCCGCGCUUUUACCUGCGAAUGCCGUCGAUGAAGUCUCCACCGCCCCGAACCCAGCUCCGAAGAGUGUGAGGGCAAUGGGUUGGCAGACGUCCAGCUGGUGGGUCUCCAGCCGCCCCGCCAGCAGGAAGAUGCUGCCCGAACACAGCAGGCCCCCGAUAGUGGUGAUCAGCUGGUGAGACAGCGAACAUCUGACAACGGGGAGAGAAGUGCAUGGAUGGGGGUGUGUCUCUGUGUGUGGGUGGGUGGAUGGGAUACAUACAUAUCGAUGAGUGCGCCUGUGCCGAUGCCCAUGAUGAUUUCCAUGAGUGUCGGCGGCGUGAGCAGCAGACCGAUGUAGCUGGCUGACAAGUGGUACCUCGUCGCGUAAUAAAGCGGCAACAGCGCCUGAAGAGACACACACCCACACACACGUGAGGUGAGGCGCCAGCUGGCGGCCAUCUCGCCAGACUCGUCACCUGUAUGGCCGCCAUGGUCAUCCAAGGGACGAGCAGGCCCACCAGACACACCACAAAAUGGAGGUUGGCGAACACGCCGUACCCCCUGCCGCCCCCUGUCAUGCCGCCCGGCCGCAUUCCCCCAGUGCUCGACGCCUGCGGAAUGCUCUCCAGAUCGCCCUGGCCAGCCUGAUGGCUGGUGCUGGCCGCCAGACCGUCUCUGAUCGAUGGUAUGUCCGACGGCAGGCCUCUUGCCGAGUUGGCUUGUGAGAAGAGCGCCAGGAGGGUGAGCACGGUGAGGGCCAGCAUCGAGGCAGCGAGCAGAUGCCGGCCGCCCCAGUCGUAGAGGAGGCCGCCGAGCAAUGGACCAAUGAUAAUGGCGACAUCUGAUACAAACACACAAAUUGGCAGACACCGUGAUGGGUGUGUUGUUGGAUUGGUUUCACCUCCUGUCAGUGCAAUGGCCACGGCGGUGCCUCUGGCGGUCUCGUCGUGUGUGCGUGAGACUGCCGUGAAGCCCGCCGGGUAGAGCAGGGCUGCAGCAAGGCCUUGCAGAAUGCGGACACACAAAUACGUCAGAGAAUUGUUCUGAAAGGGGGAGAAAAGGACAAAUGAAAGCGUGACACCAGGGGGAUGUCCUGUGUCACUGCUGCUGUACCCCGACGAACAGGACAGCUCCCGCGAUGGCCAAGAGUUGAAAGGGAAGGUAGAUCAUCGCACGCCAGCCAUACCUGCACACACACAAAUAAGGUCAUUGCAAUACAGACGGACGGAGAUCUUGGCACUGCGGGCCCACCUCUGAAUGAGAAUCCCAGCCACCGGGGCGCCGAGGAUGGCCACGGUGGGGCGGAUCUCAAACAUGAGUGCGUGCAUCAGCGGGUUGGUGAGGGUGAGGGCCUUAGGCAGCACGGACGUGAGGGUGGUGUGGUACAUCAUGUCAAGGAAGGCGCCCAUCCACACCAACCCGAUAAGUGAGUAAUGGAGCUUCAUCAUGGCAAAUUCAAUGAAUGGAGGGAAAAGGGAACUGUGUGAGGGAAUGAGGAGGGAAUGAGUCUUCUACGAGUGAUGGGAUGAAAGUAUGCAAUACGGAGUGAUGGGAAUAUCAUUC